ACUAUAUAGUGAGACCUUGUCUCCAAAAACAAAACAAAACAAACAAGUAAAAUCAACAACAAAAAGGGUCAGGAGCUGCACAGAUACCUCACCAGGGAAGAUAUACAGGUAGCAAAUAAGCAUAUAAAAUGAUGCCCCAUUUAAAAUGUCACUAGAGAAUUCUAAAUUAAAAUAGCCACGAGCUACCACUGCACACCUGGUAGAGUGGCUGGCACUGAUAGGACCGAUGCUGGCAAGGUGGGUGGCCACAGGCACUCACUGCCGUGGGAGCCCCUGGGAAGGCAGCUGGGCAGUUUUGCACAAAGCUACACACACUGCUCCUGCAUGAUCCAGCCAUUUCCUUCCUGCAGCUUACCCAAAUGAGGUGAGAACUUACCUUCACACAAAAGCUUGCACGUAGAUAUUUGUAGCAGUUUGAUUUAUAAUUGCCCCAAACUGGAAGCAACCAAGAUAUUCUGUAGUAGUGACCAGAUAAACCAUGGCCCAUCCCUACAAUGAAACAUUAUUCUGUGACACUUAGAAAUGAGUCAUGCUAAGUCACAAAAAGAUGUUGCUGAGGAAAAAAAGCCCGAAAAGGCUCUGAAUCUAACUAUGGAACAUUCUGGAAAAGGCAAAGCCAUAGAGUCAGUGGUCACCUGAGGAUGGGGAGGGAGAGGAACCCGGGGGUUGUCAGAGCAGUGAACUGCAGUGUAUGACACGAUCACAUUGGGUUCAUGACAUGUGCUUGACACAACUCCCAGAAGUGUAGACAUAAAUGCAUCACAGAAAUGCAAGGUGCUACCUGAAGUGGAAACUGGUUGGUGGGAGGGUGGAUACAUGGGAACUCUGUAUUUCCUGUCCAGUUUGUUGGUUUGUUUGUUCCUGUUCUGACUUUUGUCUAUUUUCCCAGUUAAUUGUUGAUUUUAUUAUUUAUUUAUUUUGUGGCACUGGGGAUUGAACCUUUGGACCUAGGGCCUUUGCACUGAGCUACAUCUCUAGCCUUCUUCUUUUUUUCUCUUUUGGGAGCGUGAUCUCACCAAGUUGCAGGCUGGCCUGGAACUCAUGAUCCUCCUGCUUCACCCUCCUAGCUUGGACUACAAUGAUUUUUGUCCCACAGAAAGUUGGAGACCUGACCUGGGCCGGCACUCCAGGCUGGGCAUCCUCUGGCCCAACUGCAGCGUUUUGCUUCCCAUUCUCCAAGCUGAACCCAGAGCUCCCUGGCCCAGCAGUACACAGGGGUUCCUCUUGCUCGCCUUGUGCGCCUGGCAUGGCUUUAUCUAAUGGGAUGAACCUGGCUAAAGAGAUUAGCAAGAUGUCCUGCGGAUCCCACUUUUAAUCUGCAGUGCUCAGCUGUCCCUGCUCGGCUGGGAAGAGAGGCACAGAAUCAACACCUGCUCCUGCUCCUGCUCCUGAGUUCCUGGCAUCCUGGGUGGGUGGCCUGACAUGGACACCCCCCAGAGCACCCCCUGGCAGCGUGGGCCGUCUGCACCCUUCCUGCGGCCCUGAGUGUUCAGCCCCCAAGUCGCCUGGGUCGGGAGGGGAGCUGUGUGUGUAUGUGACGCUGCUGGACCACACUGGGCAAGCAUGGCGCUACUCAAAGUCAAGUUUGACCAGAAGAAGCGGGUCAAGUUGGCACAGGGGCUCUGGCUCAUGAACUGGCUCUCUGUUUUGGCUGGCAUCAUCCUCUUCAGCAUGGGGCUCUUUCUGAAGAUUGAGCUCCGGAAGAGGAGUGAAGUGAUGAACAAUGCUGAGAGCCACUUUGUGCCCAACUGCCUGAUCGGGGUGGGAGUGGUGUCCUGCAUCUUCAAUUCCCUGGCUGGUAAGAUCUGCUACGACACCCUGGAUCCCGCCAAGUUCGCCAAGUGGAGGCCCUGGCUGAAGCCCUAUCUGGCCAUCUGUGUCCUCUUCAACAUUAUCCUCUUCUUCGUGGCCCUCUGCUGCUUCCUGCUGCAGGGCUCGCUGGAGAGCUCACUGGCCCACGGGCUCAGGAGUGGCAUGAAGUACUAUCGUGACACGGACACGCCGGGCCGCUGCUUCAUGAAGAAGACGAUGGACAUGCUGCAGAUCGAGUUCCAGUGCUGUGGCAACAGCGGCUUCCGGGACUGGUUCGAGAUCCAGUGGAUCAGCAAUCGCUACCUGGACUUUUCCUCCAAAGAAGUCAAAGACCGCAUCAAGAGCAACGUGGACGGGCGGUACCUGGUGGAUGGUGUGCCCUUCAGCUGCUGCAACCCCAGCUCGCCUCGGCCCUGCAUCCAGUACCAGCUCACCAACAACUCUGCACACUACAGCUAUGAUCACCAGACCGAGGAGCUCAACCUGUGGCUGGGCGGCUGCAGGGACGCCCUGCUGGGCUACUUCAGCAGCCUCAUGAGCUCCAUGGGUGUCGCCUCGAUGAUCGUGUGGCUCUUUGAGGUGACCAUCACCAUCGGCCUGCGCUACCUGCACACGGCGCUGGAGGGCCUGUCCAACCCCGAGGACCCGCACUUCGAGAGCGAAGGCUGGCUGCUGGAGAAGAGCGUGCCUGAGACCUGGAAGGCUUUCCUGGAGAGCCUGAAAAAGCUGGGCAAGGGCAACCAGGUGGAAGCCGAGGGUGCAGGCGUGGGCCAGGCCGCCGAGGCCGGCUGAGGGGACCUGUCCCCUCCCAAACACUGAGGAGUGGACCCCAGGCAAUGCGGCCCCCCCUCACUCAACGGGACGUCUGACUCCCUCAAGGCUGCCGCUGGACCUCUUCUUGGUGGUGCGAUGUAAAGUUUCAGGGUCCCUUGAAGCAUGUGGUAAACGUCUGUGGGUGACCGACUCCCAGCGCAAAUGAAUGAGGUGUGGCUCACUCAGGACGCACCUUUCUCUUGGGACCCUCAAGCUACGGCCACUCCUGAGGGCUGCUCCCUUCUAGCAUUUGCUGCUGUGAGCUCCACAUUGCUUCAUUAGCAACAUCCACAAUGUGCUUGAGGCAGAAGCAAAGGAGUCUGAGAAGUCUAACAGCCAGCAGUCUUGUGAAUGCCAAGGGGGACAGGCCAGCCAUUGUGUUCGCUUUAGGCCACAAGGCGGGGACACUGACAGCUCUCCACAGGAAGGCUGCAGUCAUGGCUCAGCACAAUUUCAAGACAGGAUUAUUUCUCUCACUGAGCACACAGAGGAAGGGCUGUGCUCUGGGGCACUUGGCUGGCAUGCACCAUGGGCUCAUGGCGGGUCCCAGCCAGCCACCACAGCCGCCCUCAGGUGUGGACGAUGGCCUGCGACCAGAUAGGUGUGCACCCCGUGGAGGCCAGGCCUCACCUCCUGGUGGGUCCAGGAACAACACCUGGAUCAGUGGCUGUCACCAUCCCCAUGGACAAAAGUCUACAGUGGCAGGCAUGGGGUCCUCUGGGAGCUUCUCCGUUUUUCCCCAGAUCCCCAACCUGCAUCAGAU